CACCGAGUACUAACUCUCUCAAACAGCCAAAGACCGUGAAAGACAGAAAGAGCCGCCGCGAAUGGCCGCGAAAGCCGCAUCAACGCCGACCACCUACUCACCGUCUCCGACGACCCAGAAAACCAAACCUUCCUUUUUCAAAAACGACAACGUCGAUUGGGUCCGACCCGAUGGCCGCGGUUUUCACCAGUGCAGACCUGCCUUUUUCAGGACUGGGGCUGUGAAUGCUGCCGCGGGAUCUGCUUAUGCAGAGUUUGGAAAUACAAAGGUCAUUGUGUCUGUAUUUGGGCCAAGAGAGAGUAAGAAGGCAAUGAUGUACAGUGAUAUUGGGCGCUUGAAUUGUAAUGUUACCUUCACAACUUUUGCCACACCAGUCCGUGGACAGGGAUCAGACGACAAAGAUUUUUCUUCAAUGCUUCAUAAAGCUUUGGAAGGUGCAAUCAUGUUAGAAACUUUCCCCAAAACAACCGUCGAUGUUUUCGCGUUGGUUUUGGAAUCCGGUGGCAGUGAUCUUCCUGUUGUUAUUUCAUGUGCUAGUGUUGCCCUAGCAGAUGCGGGAAUAAUGAUGUAUGACCUUGUUACUUCAGUUUCUGUGUCUUGUCUGGGGAAAAACCUUGUAAUUGAUCCCGUUUUAGAAGAGGAAAGCUACCAAGACGGAAGCUUGAUGCUUUCGUGUAUGCCUUCUAAAUACGAGGUCACUCAGCUAACUAUUACAGGGGAAUGGUCAACCGCAAAAAUUAACGAGGGAAUGCAGCUAUGCCUAGAUGCUUGCUCAAAGCUUGCAAAGAUAAUGAGAUCGUGUUUGAAAGAAGCUGCUUCUGCUUCGGAAGACUAGGAUCGAAAUUUCCACAAAUUAUAGAUCGAGCCGGUUCUUUAAGUUAUUUUUUUCUUUUCGUUUUGGUCCCCUUGAAAACAAUCAACUUUGAAGAUUUGUUUCCGGACAUUUUUGGUGUAGCUGAGCCAGGUUUUUCAUAUGAAGGUGGUUUUUUAGUGGGGAAUUGCCAUGUGAAAGUUUGCUUUGUAUAUAGGAUUUACAGCUUAUAGCACCUGAACACUUUUCCCCCUUUUUUGUUUUUCUUUUUAUCAAGUCAUUGGUAUUUUGAUUGUUCUGGAAAUUCACAUCAUGUUAGGAAUGUUUUUUCUUUUAAAUUUAUCCGGUAAUAUUUUCAUCAAGUGGAAGUUAUUAUGGGAAUGUACUGCAGAAAACAGAUUUCCCCCCCUCUUUUGUUUCGAGUCACU